AUGUCGUCAUCAAGAACCAUGCUGGCCCGCUUCUCGCAGUCAUUGCGAGCAUCUCCUUCUCCCGCAGCAGCCGGCGCGGCACGCUACUUCUCUUCAUCGUCUCGUGCAUCACAAGCACCCAUUCUUCCACCCACCAAACCUGCAUCUCAAUCGCAGCCAUCGCUGCCGCCAGCACCGAAGUCCCAAAUCGAGCAGAUCAAGCAGUACCCAGCACACCCCUUGCUCCAGUUCUUCCGCACACGUCCACACGAGAUCAGCGACAAAGCGCUGGGGGGUACGGCCGCGUACGAAGAAGCCAGUGGCGAUGCGGUCUCGGCACCAAAGUACUUCGUUAACCUGCCACACGCUGUCGACCAGACGGAUCUGGGACGCGAUGCCAAUAGCAGGUCGUGGCUGGCGAGCGAACUGCGCCUGAAGAGCUCCAAGGACCUGCACACGUUGUGGUACGUGCUGCUCAUGGAGAGGAACAGAUUGGCAACGGCGUGGGAGGAGCUCAACCGUGUGGGGGCUAGACAGGCCGCUAGGAUGUGGUCUGAAAACCUUGGUCGAAAGAACCACAGAGUUCGCAAAUCCAUGGCUCGCAUUAAAUUCGUUCUCAACGAACGUCGUCUGGCGCUCAUCGAGGCACAGAAGCAAGUGCGCGAAGCUGUCGCCGCUCCCGAGCCCGGUCAAGGUGGCAGCCUCUUCGAGGAGGGUGCCCCCGAGGAUAUCGCUCAGCCAUCUACCACUACAUCGGCAUAA